UAUCCCCCAUAUAAAAAAAAAUGGUUCUUCCCUCCGCCGCAGCCACCGUGCUCCUCCUCCUCCUCCUCUGCCACCAAUAUCAAACAUGCUCUGCCUCCCGACCUCAACCACAACCACUCCUCCCCACCAUCAAACCCCAGCAGCAAUACGGCGACGGAAUCGACCCUAUCGCCGCCAACCAGCCCACUUUCCCCCUGCCGGAAGGAGGCCCAACGCAGCUCCCUUUCGUCCCCAUUACUCCUUAUCCCCGUCUCCCAAAUUUCCCUUCCUUUCAACGACCCGCUCUCCCUCAAUUGCCGCUUCCACCGCCCCGCUCCAGCACCGCAGCCGGAGGUAAUCCCAACAGCGGCGGCGGGGAGAGUGCCCCUGCUGCGGGUACAGGAGGAAAUAACAAUAAUGACAACAGUAUUGCCGCCGGCGGGAGAGUGGCGGCGGGACUGGGGUUCCCAUAUCAGAGCAUGCCAUCGUACAUCCCAAAGUUCCCGCCUUUCCCUUUCAUUCCAACCAUGCCGACCAUGCCUUCUGUUCCCCUGCCUCGGCUCCAACCCGAUUCCGGCGGAUUACCCACCGCCACUCCAUCUUCAUCCUCCUCCUCGACUUCUUCGUCAUCAUUGUCAUCGCCGGCGUGUAAUGAUAAGGGCCAGCCGCAAACUGGUGGCAGCCACUCACAGCCAGGGCACUGAACUGUGCGGCUCAAUGAUCUACCACUCUGUUUUUGGCACCUCUCUGUUUCUUCGUCACCAAUAAUUUAAAUCGUGUAACUAGGUCCAGGAAUGAAGUUGAAGGAAAACA